GCCAGAGCGAGCUCUAAAAUCUCUACUCUUCCGGUAGCCUCUCCUUUAUAUGCGCUCUUCUCUUUCUCUUGGAUGUGGAAACCCUAAUUUGAUCACUCGCCGCCUUCGCUUUCUGGUCUCUUCUCUCCACUCUUCUGUCCGUCUCCGUGAGAAUCGACAGUUCGGACUUUAGUCAUGCAUCGAUUUGCAACUAGCCUCGCUGCGAAAUCCCGGGUUGCCGGCGGCGGCGGCUGCAGCAGCCGACAGAUUGGAAGCAGGCUUGCCUGGAGCAGAAACUAUGCCGCCAAGGACAUAAGGUUUGGAGUGGAAGCCCGUGCUUUGAUGCUCAAGGGCGUGGAGGAGCUCGCUGAUGCGGUUAAGGUGACCAUGGGCCCUAAGGGACGUAAUGUAGUUCUUGAGCAAAGCUUUGGUGCACCGAAGGUCACGAAGGAUGGUGUAACUGUUGCCAAGAGCAUUGAGUUCAAGGACAGAGUUAAAAACAUGGGUGCUAGCCUUGUGAAACAGGUGGCUAAUGCAACUAAUGAUGUUGCUGGAGAUGGUACCACAUGUGCGACCAUCCUUACCAGAGCAAUUUUUGCUGAAGGAUGCAAGUCAGUUGCAGCUGGGAUGAAUGCAAUGGACCUAAGGCGAGGCAUCUCUUUGGCUGUUGAUACUGUGGUUACCAAUCUUAAAAGUAGGACAAGAAUGAUCAGCACUUCAGAAGAGAUUGCACAGGUUGGUACUAUUUCUGCAAAUGGAGAGCGAGAGAUUGGUGAAUUAAUUGCCAAGGCAAUGGAGAAAGUUGGGAAAGAAGGUGUCAUCACAAUUUCUGAUGGCAAAACUCUUUACAAUGAACUGGAGGUUGUUGAAGGAAUGAAACUCGACAGGGGCUACAUAUCACCUUAUUUCAUCACUAACCAGAAAAACCAAAAAUGUGAACUGGAAGAUCCACUCAUUUUAAUUCAUGAGAAGAAAAUUUCAAGCAUCAACUCUGUAGUGAAAGUUUUGGAGUUAGCAUUGAAGAGGCAGAGGCCUUUGCUCAUUGUUGCUGAAGAUAUAGAAAGUGAUGCUUUGGCAACAUUGAUCCUUAACAAGCUUCGAGCUGGAAUCAAAGUUUGUGCCAUCAAAGCUCCUGGAUUUGGGGAAAACAGGAAAGCUGGUUUGCAAGAUCUUGCUGUUCUCACUGGUGGUGAGUUGAUCACCGAGGAACUUGGCUUGAACCUUGAGAAAGUUGAACUUGAAAUGCUUGGGGCAUGCAAAAAGGUGACUGUUUCAAAAGAUGAUACUGUUAUUCUUGAUGGUUCUGGCGACAAAAAGGCUAUUGAAGAGAGAUGCGAGCAGAUAAGGUCUGCUGUUGAGUCUAGCACAUCUGACUAUGAUAAGGAAAAGUUACAAGAAAGGUUGGCCAAGCUCUCUGGUGGUGUUGCUGUUUUAAAGAUAGGAGGGGCUAGUGAAGCUGAAGUUAGUGAGAAAAAAGAUAGAGUAACAGAUGCUCUGAAUGCCACCAAAGCUGCUGUUGAAGAAGGAAUCGUUCCAGGUGGAGGUGUUGCUCUCCUUUAUGCGUCUAAGGAGCUGGAGAAAUUGCAUACUGCUAACUUCGAUCAGAAGAUUGGAGUGCAAAUCAUUCAAAAUGCUUUGAGGACCCCAGUGCACACUAUUGCAUCAAAUGCGGGUGUAGAGGGAGCCGUGGUUGUGGGAAAGCUCUUGGAGCAGGAUAAUCCUGACCUAGGAUAUGAUGCAGCCAAAGGUGAAUAUGUUGACUUGGUGAAGGCUGGUAUUAUUGACCCCCUGAAAGUAAUUAGAACUGCAUUAGUGGAUGCUGCAAGCGUUUCAUCUCUGAUGACCACAACAGAGGCUGUGGUUGUGGAGCAGCCAAAGGAUGAGAAAGAAGUUUCUCCCUCAAUGGGCGGCGGCGGUAUGGGUGGACUUGAUUACUAAUUUUUCACCCAAAGCCAUGCAGCAGUUUCGCUCUGAAUUUUACUCUUUUGUGUUUUUGAUGAGAAAGAGCUUUCAUUUCUUAUUAUGCAGUUUGCCCUAAUUUAGUUAUUCAGCCAAAUGAGUCAUCAAUUUUGUUUUGAGGCGAACUUUUUUAUUGAUGUGGAUGGAUUAUUCCUGUUGUGGUGACUGUAUGUGCUAAUAUUUAUUUCAUCACGCAAACAUGGAAUAAGAGAUUUCCUGGUUUCUUUUA